AUGGCUACUGACUACUGGGUACUUUCGCCUUGGGCACCUCUGGCAGUACUGUUAUGCGUAUCGCUGUUCUAUGUCAUUCCCUACUUUUACACCUACAGACACUUACGAGGCAUUCCUGGCCCAUUGCUGGCCCGUUUCUCAAACCUUUGGCUUAUGUAUAUUUGCCGUCAGUCCAAGCGUUCAUACACCGUGCAUGAUCUCCAUGAGCGCCUUGGGCCCGUCAUCCGCAUACAGCCGAACCACAUUAGUAUUAAUGACGAAAGAGCCAUCAAUAUUAUCUACGGCCAUGGGAAUGGAUUGGAAAAGUCAGCCUGGUACGAUUCUUCAAUUUCCCUUACUCGAAGCAUCUUCACGGCGAGAAAACGUACCGAACAUGCUCGGAAGAGACGUUAUAUUGCCCAUAGCUUCGCUCCAAAGUCGUCUCGUGCGGCCGAAGGGUCCAUUGCCGACAAAGUAGAGCUUCUCAUCCGUAAGUGGGAUGAGAUAAUCAACAAAGGACCGCAGUUUGAUGGAUUCACGCAACUUGAAUGUAGACGGUGGUUCACAUACAUGUCCUUUGACAUCACUGGUGACCUUCUUUUCAGCGAGCCAUUUGGAAUGCUUGAGAAUGUGUCUGAUCUGGUCAGGAUUGACAGCAAGCCCGGCAAAGCAGUGUCCUACGUGUCCAUGAUGAACAGUCUUGCGCAAAGGAGUGCCGCUGUCGCUACUCUGGGCGUCUUGCCAUGGCUGAAGCCUCAUGCACAUCACCUCCCAGACCCCUUUUUUCACAAAGGAUUGGAUGGGUUACAGAACCUGCUGAGUGUAACUUCCGCUCAUGUCAAAGAACGUAUGGCCGCAGCGCAGGACAGUCAUGAUGAUUGGCUUUCACUGCUACUUCAUGCGCGGGAUGAAAGCGGGGAAUUGCUCAAAUUCGAAGAGAUUGCUUCCGAGUCUUUGACCCUGUUCAUGGCAGCCAUUGAGACCGUCAGCAACACUCUCUCUGCAAUGAUGUACUACCUCGCUACGUCGCCCUCUUCACUUCAAAAGUUGCAAACUGAGAUGGAUUCUAUUGAAGUCCAUGGAACAGUCGCUCCGUUUACAGAAGUCCGGGCUCUUCCGUAUCUGGACGCUGUGAUCAACGAAACAAUGCGUCUUCACAGUGUCCUCGGAAUUGGCCUCCCUCGAGAGGUGCUUCCUGGGUCUAAGGGAGUUCAAUACGACAACUUUUACUUUCCUCCAGGAACCGUUUUGAGCGUUCCAAUCUACGCUAUCCACCGGUCUAGAGAUAUAUGGGGCCAAGAUGCGAAUGAGUUUCGACCUCAGAGAUGGGAGAAACUGUCAAGCCGUCAGAAAACUGCUUUUAUCCCAUUUGGCCACGGUCCAGCAGCAUGCGUUGGGCGUAAUCUAGCAGAAGUUGAGAUGAAGAUUAUCGCGGCAACUUUGAUAAAGCGAUACAGUUUCUGCAUGAUGGAUUCUGAGGUUGAUUCUACUGAAGGAACAACACGUAAGCUUAUUAAAGUUAACAUUGGCAUUAAAAGGCGGCAACAGUAA